CCACGAGCUGCCGUCAGUCAGGAGGCCACACAGUCCAAGAUGGACUCUUUGCGAGCAUCCCGGAUAGGGCGUGCGGGAGGGCGCGGGAUGCUGGCAUUGCUGCUGGCUGGUCUCCUCCUGCAAGGGACCUUGGCCAAGAGCAUCGGGACUUUCUUAGACCCCUGCAAGGACCCCACGCGUAUUGCCUCCCCCAAUGACCCCUGUCUCCUGGGGAAGGGGGGCUCCAGCAGCUUCAGUAGCCACAGUAGCUCCAGCAGUUCCAGCAGCUCCAUUUCUAGUCCCAGUGGCUCCAGUGGUGGCUCCGGUGGUGGUUCCGGUGGUUCCAGUGGCAGCUCCAGUGGCUCCAGUGGUGGUUCCAGUGGCUCCAGUGGUAGCUCUGGUGGAUCCAUUGCUGUCCAUAGCGGUUCUUCAGGAUCCUCGUUUAAGCCGGGAACAGGCUAUUCGCAGAUCAGCUACUCCUCUGGAUCUGGCUCUAGUCUACAAGGUGCCUCCAGCUCCUCCCAGUCAGGAAGCAUUAGCUCCCAGUCUGGAGGAGGCUUCAGCUCUUCUGUUUCCCACACCUCCUGGACGUCCAGCAGCAGUGGCCAAAAGGUCAACUCCAAUCUGCGCCCCUGUAGUUCCGACGUCCCUGACUCUCCCUGCAGUGGGGGCCCCAUCGUCUCGCAGUCUGGCUCCUACAUCUCCAGCUCCCACUCUGUGUCAGGGGGGAAAAAGCCCGUGGUGGUGGUGGUGGAGCAGCACGGCUCUGGUGGCCCCAGAGUGGGCCCAGGGGCCCCCUGUAGCAGCGGUGGCCUUCCAGGCAAGCCCUGUCCCCCCAUCACCUCUGUAGACAAAUUCGGCAGCUAUGAGGUGGUGGGUGGCUCCUCUGAUAGUUAUCUGGUCCCAGGCAUGACCUACAGUGGGGGCAAAAUCUACCCUGUGGGCUACUUCACCAAAGAUAACCCUGUCAAAGGCUCUCCAGGGGCCCCCUCUUUUGCAGCGGGGCCCCCCAUCUCUGAGGGCAAAUACUUCUCCAGCAACCCCAUCAUCCCCAGCCACAGCUCUUCUAGUUCCAACAUCUACCAGUCGGGAGCAUCCUCGGCCACUGUGUUCCAGCCAGUGGGCUCUGGUGGGGUCCAGCCCUGUGGCGUUGGCUCUAGCCGCUCUAAAGGGCCCUGCUCCCUCUCCGGUUCUGGAGUCCACAGCAGUUCUAGCAUUUCAAGCAGUUCUGGUUCAUCCUUCCAUCCCUGUGGCACUGCUUCCCAGGGGCCCUGCUCGCCGCCUGGCACCGGCUCUUUCAGUGGCAGUUCCAGCUCGAAAUCUGGUGGCAAAAUCAUCCUUCAGCCCUGUGGCAGCAAGUCCAGCUCUUCUGGCCACCCUUGCAUUUCUGUCUCCUCCUCGACCUUGAGCGGGGGUCCAGAUGGCUCUCCCCAACCUGAUCCCUCAGCUGGUGCCAAGCCCUGUGGUUCCGGCAGCUCUGGAAAGAUCCCCUGCCGCUCCAUCCGGGACAUCAUAGCCAAAGUGAAGCCUCUGGGGCCCCAGCUAGCUGACCCCGAGGUCUUCCUACCCCAGGGAGAGUUACCUGAGAGUCCAUAAGGCAGAUUUUACCUAUAGGCUUGUGUAGGCGCAAGCACAUGCACCCCCGCAUCAUCUCUCAGGUGGGAGGAGUCCAGGGGCCCAGGCACAGGGUUAGCUCAGCUUCCCUCUGCCUUCCCGUGACCCCAAUGUGGCAGACUCUCCCUUAUCACCUCUUCUUUACCUUUCCAAACUGUAGACUCCAAAUCCCUUUCCUCAUUUUCUCCCACUGUUUAGAUUUCCUGUCCCCAGUGCCCUCCCCACCAGGCACUCACUCCCUAGAAUUUCUUCUGCCAUUUCUUUGAGAUGGUACCGUUCAUUGGCUAACCCUACCCGUUCCAACGCUUGACUGGGAACCUCCUGAAAUGUCCUCGAGGAACUCUGAUGCCUGGACAAUCAUCUCCUGCCCUACCGUUUGCCAAAUAAAGCACAAUCCAGAAGGGUGUUUGCAAACAAUGACCACUGUCGCUGAUCUCCUUUGCCAUCUGGUAGACCAGCGCUAUGCUACUGGGUUUUCACACUCCCAGUUCCACUUGUACCCCCUUCCUGGCUGCCACUUCCCUCAACGCUCAGAUGCCUCCCCAUGUGGGGGAGGUACCAGGGUAUCAGCAGAGACUGGAGCAGGCUCCCUGCUCUCUCUCUCUGGGUCCUGGGCAGGUGUCUCAAUAAUCUGCGUGACCUAGAUGUAGGCUUUUUUGCCCUCUUGGUGUCCUGGGUCUCUUAGGACCUGGGUGAUGCUCUCCUAUGCCUUGAAAGGUCCUGGGUCCCCCACUUAGUUACCGCAAAGGAGGAAAACAAUAAAUAUUUGUUGAACUGGA